AUGUCAGGCACCACACCGUCGUCAUCGACGACGACCAAGGAGCGGCACUAUGCGCACCUCAACGCGCGGCUCGCCCAGCUCUCGCACCACGCCGCGGCACUCCAGAACGAAUUCUUUGUCGCGGGCGAGCAGGCCAGGUAUCUGAGGCAGCUCGGCGCCAGCCAGGGCGCGCUAUUCAUGGGAGCGCUUCACCAGGUCGACUCACAGGCCGUCGAAGAGGCCGAAGCGCGGGGAGGGCACGGGCAUGCACAGGGACAAGGCCAAGGGCAAGGGCAGCAAUGA